AUCACUUUACCAGCACAAUCCUUGGCACAGUGGCAUCAAUUAGCACUGCAUUUUAGCAGGUACACUUAACAACACAUCGAAACCACUCCCCCAUUCCUUUCCACCUCCUCCCCAAUCCCGAUUAUAAACCCCCAACACCUCUUCUUCCCCCUCACGUCUCCAUCACCUUCUUCCACUUCCCUCCAUCAGCUCGCCAUCAUUCACACACCACCGCAUGCAGUAGGCAGUAGCCACACUCCACUGCCAUCGCUCUCACGCACAGACAGCAUCACCGGCUUGCCUACACCGCACUCCCGUCGCUCUCAGCUGCCAUGGCGUCCUACAGGCUGCUGGUCAUCCUCGUCUUCUCCGCGCCGCUCCUCGACGCCGCAGCCGCCGACACCUCCUACCAGGCCGACUGCCCCUACCCGUGCCUGCUGCCGCCGCCCACGCCGCCGGCCUCCACCGCCGACUGCCCGCCGCCGCCCUCCGCGCCGUCCGGCUCCGGCUACGGGUACCCGCCCCCGUCCUCCUCCGGGAACGCGCCGCCGUCGCCCUCGUACUGGAGCAACCCUCCGCCCUCUGGCGGCUACAUUCCCGGCUACUACCAGCCUCCCUCCGGCGGGGGUGGCGGAGGAGGCGGAGGCGGUGGAGGAGGUGGCGGGAACUACGGGCCGGCGCCGCCCCCGCCCAACCCGAUCCUGCCGUGGUACCCAUGGUACUACCGGUCCCCGCCGUCCUCGUCGGCGGUGGCAACAACGGGGAGCGCGUGGGCGGCCGUGCUCUGCUUGGUGGCCGCCGCAACUGCCGCUGCUGCUCUCGUCGGUUACUAGAGAGGUGCAAGGUUGACGUGGAAAGGCGGCUUUUCCCGGCCCGUGACGAGCAACUUCCGGAAAAAGUUGAGAGCUUUGCGAGGUGCAGGAAAGUUUCCGUGUGGAUCGUCGCUGAUCGAUCGGCAUGAUGCAUGGCGCCGGACAAGCAAGGAAUCGAUCAAAAGAGGAAGCGGGGGAAGGGCAGCGCGCAGCUGGCUACGUUGGAGUUUGGGGGAAAGCAAGGAAACAAGAUAAGUACUGUCAGGCUGAGUAGCUAGAGCAUGCAUGGUGACCAUCGAUUAUGCAUGCUAGCUAGCUAGGGCGCCGAUCGGGUGCG